AUGUCUAAGCAAUUUAGUCAUACCACAAACGACAGAAGGUCAUCCAUCAUCUACUCCACGAGUGUCGGGAAGGCAGGGCUAUUCACGCCUGCCGACUACAUCCCACAGGAGUCAGAGGAGAACCUGAUUGAAGACGAAGAGGACGUGAACGAGGACGAGGCCGGUGAACAGAGGCCCAUCCGCGGCGGUGAUGGGGCCCAACCAGAGAGGGAGGGCGAGUACCAUUCGCUGCUGGACGCCAACAACUCCCGGACGUUACAGCAAGAAGCCUGGCAACAGGGGUACGGCUCCAACGACCGCAAGCAGUUGCUGGACCAAGAACGGGACUUGCUGAUAGACAACAAGCUGCUUUUGCGCGACGGUGACAUCGGAGGAGACAUCGAAAGUCGCGACCACGGUCACAGCCCUGGACCGGAUGGCGCAGACAGACCCACGGAGAUCGAACACGCAUGGGACAACGCCAUUGAGAGCGGCCAGCCCAUCAACUCCACCUUCAAGCGGGAGACACAGGUGAUUACCAUGAACGCGUUGCCGCUCAUCUUCACCUUCAUCCUACAAAACUCGCUAUCACUAGCAUCCAUUUUCUCCGUCUCCCACCUGGGAACGAAGGAGCUGGGCGGUGUGACGUUGGGGUCCAUGACCGCAAACAUAACAGGCCUAGCCGCAAUCCAAGGUCUGUGCACGUGUCUGGACACGCUGUGCGCACAGGCGUACGGUGCCAAGAACUACCACCUGGUGGGUGUGCUGGUGCAGAGAUGUGCCGUGAUCACCAUUCUGGCAUUCUUGCCCAUGAUGUACGUGUGGUUUGUCUGGUCGGAGAGAAUCCUGGCGCUGAUGAUUCCCGAGAGAGAGCUGUGCACACUGGCAGCCAAAUACCUGCGCGUCACCGCAUUCGGUGUCCCCGGUUUCAUCCUGUUCGAGUGUGGAAAGAGGUUCCUGCAAUGCCAGGGCAUUUUCCAUGCGUCCACGAUCGUGCUGUUUGUGUGCGCGCCCUUGAACGCGGUAAUGAACUACCUGCUGGUGUGGAACGACAAGAUCGGCAUCGGCUACCUGGGCGCUCCGCUCUCCGUGGUGAUCAACUACUGGCUGAUGACGCUCGGACUACUAAUAUACGCAAUGACCACCAAACACAAGGAGAGACCGCUUAAGUGCUGGAACGGCAUCAUCCCUCGGGAACAAGCAUUCAAGAACUGGCGCAAGAUGAUCAACCUGGCCAUCCCCGGUGUGGUCAUGGUCGAAGCCGAGUUCCUCGGCUUCGAAGUGCUCACCAUCUUCGCCUCCCACUUGGGAACGGACGCGCUGGGUGCCCAGUCGAUCGUGGCCACCGUCGCGUCGCUGGCAUACCAGGUACCUUUCUCCAUCUCUGUCUCCACAAGCACCCGAGUGGCCAACUUCAUCGGCGCGUCGCUCUACGACAGCUGCAUGAUCACGUGCCGCGUGUCCUUGCUACUAUCCUUUGUGUGUUCGUCGCUAAACAUGUUCGUGAUCUGCCGGUACAAACAGCAAAUCGCAGAGCUGUUCUCCUCAGAGAACGGUGUGGUCCAGAUGGUCGUGGAGACGCUGCCGCUGCUGGCCUUCAUGCAGCUGUUCGACGCGUUCAACGCCUCGACAGCGGGCUGCCUGCGUGGACAGGGCAGACAGAAGAUCGGCGGUUAUAUCAACCUGUUUGCCUUCUACUGCCUGGGUGUGCCCAUGGCUUACGUGCUGACUUUCGCCUACCACUUGGGCGUGGGCGGCUUGUGGCUGGGGAUCACCAGUGCGUUGGUGAUGAUGAGCGUGUGCCAGGGCUACGCGGUGUUCCAUGGCGACAAGCGCCGGAUCCUUGCCGCAGCCCGCAAGCGUAACGCAGAGACCCACACAUCGUGA